AUAGCGUGAAUGCCAAGUCGGAAAGGUGAACAGAGAACGCUUUCUCCUCUAUCUCUCUCGAGAGCACACGACACAGCACGGUUCUCUCUCUCUCUCUCUCUCUCUCUCUCAGGUUAUUCUCUUCGCUGUCUCCAAGGAAUUCCCUUCCUCGUCCAUCUUUUUGACAACAUUCUUCUUCAAAUUUUCGUUAGCUCGAUGAGCUGGUGAAGUGAGUUAAUAGUGGUGCGGGCGUUUGUCUUCUGAAUCUUUUUGUCCUUUUGGGGCUUUGAUUUUUCUCUGUUCGCAAUUGGUUCUCCAAAAUGCUGGUUCGGAGGAGAAUGAUGAGUUGGAGGAGGGUAGCCAAGUCUCUGCAAGUCUUUGCAGCUCAUGGUUUACUCUUCUCCUUCACGCUGCUGCUCGUUCUCAAGCUUGACCGUGUCGUUCAUUACUCAUGGUGGACCAUAUUUUCACCUCUAUGGCUUUUUCAUUCUGUUGUAGCACGGGGAAGGUUUUCCUUGCCUGCUCCUUCAAUGCCUCAUGAUCGCCAUUGGGCUCCAUGUCAUGCCAUCAUGGCAACACCCUUUCUUGUUGCUUUUGAGCUGCUUCUUUGUAUACAUCUUGAGAUCAGUCAUGUGGUAAAUUUAAAGAUUGUCUUCUUACCCCUAUUGGCUUUUGAAGUGGCAAUUUUGAUUGAUAACAUCAGGAUGUGUAGGGCUUUAAUGCCUGGAGACGAUGAGAAUAUGAGUGAUGAAGCAAUAUGGGAAACCCUUCCUCACUUCUGGGUUGCAAUUUCCAUGGUCUUCUUUAUUGCUGCUACAGUGUUCACUCUUCUUAAGAUAUGUGGUGAUGUUGCUGCUCUUGGUUGGUGGGACUUAUUUAUUAACUUUGGCAUUGCAGAGUGCUUUGCCUUUCUUGUAUGCACAAAGUGGUACAAUCCAACAAUUCAUGGAAAAUGUCACACUGACACAGCAGAUCCCAGCUCAUCAUCACUUACAUCAUCAUUUACUGUAAGAUACCUGGACUGGGAUAGAGGUUUGGUGGUUUCUGCAGAUGAAGAGAGGCAGCAAAGUGGCCUAUGCAGUCUGCAGGACAUCGGUGGGCAUAUCAUGAAAAUUCCAUUCAUAGCUUUUCAAAUUCUGCUAUUUAUGCAUUUAGAGGGAACACCACCUGGUGCGAGAACUAUGUCAUGUGCUGUUGUCUUUUCUCCCCUUUUUCUGUUGCAAGGAGCUGGUGUUUUAUUUGCGGCUUAUAGAUUAGUGGAGAAAUUAGUUCUUUUGGUUUACACUGGAGAUGUUCCUGAAAGAUAUUCAAAUAUAGCACUAAAAGCCCGCGAUUGUUUUGGAUUCUUGCACCAUGGCUCAAGGCUGCUGGGUUGGUGGUCAAUAGAUGAAGGAAGUCGAGAGGAACAAGCCAGACUCUAUUGUGACGGGGGCUCAGGGUAUAAUACUUUCUCCCCUGAUAUGGUGAAGAAAAUGCCUAAAGCAGAUCUUGUUGAGGAGAUCUGGAAACUACAAGCUGCACUAGGUGAGCAGUCCGAGAUUACGAAAUUUAGUCAGCAGGAGUACGAAAGACUCCAAACUGAAAGGAUCCUAUGUAGAGUUUGCUUUGAAGAGCAGAUUAAUGUGGUCCUGCUUCCAUGCAGGCAUCACAUUCUUUGCAGCACGUGCGGUGAAAAGUGCAAGAGGUGCCCAAUCUGCCGUUUCUCCAUUGAAGAACGAAUGCCUGUGUAUGAUGUAUAGAUUUCAAUUCCCACACUGAUCGAAGCGAUGUAGCUAUCUUACGCUCUUGCUUUUGUUUUUAGAUGAGGCAAGCACAGAGAGACUAGAAAUGCUGGUUUCUCUGCUUAUAGGUUUGUUCAUUAUCAACAGCUGUGUAUAGUUUUCCCAGAGUCAGAACUCUUAACGUUUUCUCCUCUGUAAAGUUUAUUUGUUGUGGUCACUUUCAUAAAUGGAGUGUAAAACUUCACCAUUCUCAUUGCUAA